AUGAUUAUUUUUGCACUGGGAUUCGAUGCUGCUACCGGGGCGCUCAGUGAGUUGGAGGUGAAAGGCACUGGAGGUAAAGUCCUAAAGGAUUGCUGGGAAAGGAGGCUUGAAACUUUUGCCGGAGCUCUCGUCCCGGGCUUUCCCAACAUGUUCAUCGUCUGUGGCCCACAUGUGCCGUUUGGAAACAUGCCAGUUGUUCAAGAGAUAGAAGUGAACUGGAUCGGGAAGACCAUUCGCCAUAUGGAAGAAAACAAGCUCGAUACUAUUGACGUGUCCGAGAAGGCUGCAGAUGUGUGGUCUGAUCACCUACGAGAAGCCUUCAAAGCCACAUUGUUUGCAGAAUCGGCCAAGGCAGUGAAAGCAUGGUUUGUGGGAGCCAACAUUCCUGGCAAGGCUAUUGAUCCUUUGUUUUACUUUGGCGGAGUUCUGACCUGGGCUUCGUGGCUCGACAAAGAGACCAAGACAGGAUGGGAAAGCAUGAGGUUUUCGCCUUCCGUGGCUGCUGACGUCGAAGGGAAAGAACCCCCGAUCCACUCUGGAGGUCAAAUAGCACUCGGACUCCCGCCAGUUGCAGCAUGA